AUAUUAGGGUUUGUUUGAAUGAGGGAGAAAUGGCGAUGGUUGCUUCUCCGUGCGGUGCGGAUGCGAGCAGCAGCAAGCGCGCCAGGGAGGCUGAGAAAAGAAGGCGCAGAAGGAUGCGGAAGAAGGAAAACCCUGCUGCGCCUCGUGAUUCUGGCGGCGAGAGCAGGGUGAAUGCCGGAAGCGCGGAGAUCGAGUACGUUCCAGACAAAUCGCCUCUCGACGGCGAUGGAUUGGUCGAGUUCCAGCGGAUUUUUGACAAGUUCUCGGGCCUGGAAUCGUCGAAAAAGAAGCCUAAGGAAGCCGUGAAGACGGAGAAAAUGCAAAUGAGCUCGUCCGAAGACGAAGAUGACAAGCCCGACGUGAGAGUGAAAGAGGUGGUGCUGUCUAACAAGAAGAAAAAGAUGAAACGAAGAAUGACGCUUGCAGAUCUUAAGGACUACUGUGGCAAACCGGAUGUUGUCGAGGUGUGGGACGCUACAGCUGCGGAUCCCCGGCUGCUUGUUUUUUUGAAGGCCUAUCGCAACACCGUGCCUGUACCGAGGCAUUGGUGUCAAAAGCGGAAAUUUCUACAGGGAAAGCGUGGUGUCGAAAAGUUGCCAUUUCAUUUACCGGAGUUCAUUGCUUCGACGGGAAUUCAAAAAAUCAGACAGGCCUACGUUGACAAGGAAAAUGCAAAAAAGUCGAAACAAGUUCAAAGAUCUCGCAUGCAACCAAAAGUGGGAAAAAUGAGCAUCGAUUAUCAGAUCCUGCAUGACGCAUUUUUCAAGUACCAAACUAAACCCAAGCUGACAUCCCUCGGGGAUUUGUAUCACGAAGGAAAAGAAUUCGAGAUAAAACUAAGAAACAUGAGACCCGGGUAUCUCUCUCGUGAGUUGCGGAGUGCACUUGGCAUGGACGACGGUGCUCCACCUCCAUGGCUUUUCAACAUGCAGAGAUACGGGCCACCGCCUUCUUAUCCUCAGCUCAGGAUUCCUGGAUUGAACGCACCUAUUCCCGUCGGUGCGUCCUUCGGUUAUCAUCCUGGAGGCUGGGGUAGGGCUCCUGUCGACGAGUAUGGAAGGCCUCUAUAUGGAGAUUUAUUCGGUGCACAACGGCAGGAACUAGUGCAUUACGAGGAGGAGCCUGUCGAUCGCUUUAAGCACUGGGGUGAGUUGGAAGAUGAGGACGAAGAAGAAGAAGAGGGACCGGAAGAAGAAGAGCAACGGGAAGAGGUGGAGGCCGCUCCUGUUGAAGAAGCGAGCGUUGCACCUUUGGAGUACAUUCUAUUUACUUCACGAAUCCUAGGCUCGUUUUCUAAUCCUUGUAAUGUCUCCAGGACUCCAGCCGGUGAUGAAACUCCCAACGCGAUCAACCUUCGAAAGUCAAAACGUAGUGAACCAGAUAUCAGGCUAUAUCAGGUUUUAGAGGAAAAGAAAGAAAGUGCUCGAGCAGGAAUCCUUCUGGGAAAUACUCAUACGUAUGUCCUGCCUUCGGUGGAAAAGCCUGGUGUCAAGAAGGUGGAUUUGCUGAAGAGUCAAAGAACCGGCAACGUGGACAUCACUCUACUGCCCGAGGAACUCGAAAAACUGGAUGAAGCUGCCCUGGCUGCAAGGUUUGAGGAGGCCAGAAAAGAGAAGCAGCAGGAAACCGUAACGGAAGACUUCAGCGACAUGGUUGCGUCGGCCGAAAAGAAACGAAAGCGCAAAGCCGAGAAAGAUUUUCGCGCAAAGAAAGUCGACUUCAAGUUUUGAUGGAAAGAAAGGUCGCUCAUUUUCUUCUUUGCGCUCAACUGGAAAUGGAAGCGCGUUGUUUGGAAGCGCGAGAUCUCCCCAGGGUGGUUGACUGCUGGAAUCUCGGAUGCCGACGACGACGAUCUUGAGCGCAAGGCAAGCUGCAUUUCCAGUGAUUCUAUUCUUCAUUGCUAGCAAUCAUUCAUGGAUUCUAGCAUUGAUCCGAUCGAUAGUGACACCACGUCCGAGGUAACGAGACAUAGCCUGGCUCGUCUCUUUCUUCUCCUCUCGAUAAGGAUGCAUCCUUGAGCAAGAUUUCUGUGCAAGAGCUUCAAGAGUUUAGCAGCGACGGUGGCGAUCUUCCGGCAGAAGCCUCGUCAAAGUUUAAGUCAGUGGCUCUACAUCUGACGAGCUUUCUUUUCUUUGUUUCGUAAAGGUGUGAAGUGCUCUUGGCACAACUGAGAGAGUCACUUGAGCACAAACAUGAAACUAGCUGGUAUGUCUUGUUUUCU